AUGUCCUCCAGACUAGAGAAGGUAAAGAAGCAGAUAGAGUUGAUGGAGCAGUUUUUGGAUUGGAGUAGGAAAAUGAAGGCCAAGCCUAGCAAGUGUGUCUCCUUGGGAAUGAAGGUGAUAGAUGGUACGUACCAGGCUUAUGACCCAGAGAUAUUGAUUGACGGCCAGAUAAUCAGCUAUACAGUGGAUGAGUGUGGUCUCAACGGUGUCAUGAAGUGUUGGAUCUACAAUAACAUGCUGACUAGCAAGAUGUCCUGGGAUCUGAUGAUUUACAACCUUCCUGUAUCAAAGGGACACGCCCUGAAGAACAGUGAUGACACCAAAGUUGUAGAAGCCUAUAAUAACAAGAGAGAGAAACAGGAGAACAGCCCGAGAUGGUCUUAUACAACGGAGCUGACGGCAAGAGAGCGAGAUCUUUACUUCCAGGAGUUGGUUGGAGUAGUGACUAAAGACCGAGUAGGACUCGGAUACAAACCAAAGUUGACUGAGAGGCAGAAGCUAAGACAACUGGUAGAAUCGGUGUCAGAGAACGACAUGCUAGUCACCCUGGUAAACAAGGGAGUACAGGGCAAGUUCUUGACAUGGGAGAACACGAUGCAGUUAGACUUAGGAUGGAACAGCCUUAUCUACAAUUACAAGAUGAGCCCGGCUCUCCUUAAGUUCCACCUAAACUCGACACACGACGUGGCUAAUACCCCUGCAAACAUGAAAUUGUGGAACUACUCGAGUACAGGAAAUUGUACACUUUGUGGUUGGAAGACGUGCAACAUCAAGCACAUCCUAGCCGUCUGCAGUGUAGCAAGAAAAUCCAAAAGGUACAACUGGAGACAUGACAACGUCCUACGUGUUAUAGCCGGAGCCUUGCUUGACCAACUCAAGAUGUACAAUUCCUCAGAGAGGCCCUUUGAGAGAGUGAAAGACUGGAAGCUGAUAUGGGACGAGGAUACACUACCUGCCCAGUUCCCACAGCACAUCUACAACACAGCGGAGAGACCCGACAUUGUAGUAUGGUCGGAUAGUUUGAGAGAAGUAGUUCUGAUUGAACUGACUUGUGGUGACGAGAGUAACUUCAGUGACCAAGUAGCACGUAAAGAAGCACGCUACAACAGAGAGCUGAUUCCUGGCAUCGACGGGUGCGGUUGGAAAGCUCUGCUUUUUACGGUAGAGAUUGGGUGUAGGGGCUUCUGGCACCAUACUGUACCAGCUCUAUUCAACUACUUUGGAUUGGCGAAGAGAACGAAGAAUAAAGCCCUGAAUGAGGCUGCUUUGGUCGCUCUUCGAUGUUCCUAUACAAUCUGGUUAGCCCGCGACAACAAGAAAUGGUCUACCUGCUACGACAUCGCAAGGAGGCCAGAAGUCAUAAACUGUGAAAGCUGA